AUGGCCCAGAUGGUCCACAGCCUCUGCUCCACCUUUGGCCUCCAGUGCUGCCUCCUCUUCCUUCUAGCUUCUUGGGAGGCAGGUGCUAAUACAUUCCAAGAAUAUCAGAAAACUGGGGAACUCUCAACAUCUGAUGACAUAUUUCCCCUCACUCCAGGCCUUGUUUAUAGUAUCCCUUUGGAUCACACUGUUCAUUCAGGACAAAGACCUCCAGAGCUCCCUAAAUCUACAGAAAUCCAUGAGCAAAAACGCCACUGCAACACCACACGCUAUUCUAAGCCAACUGACAAGCCUAUGGACAACUCCAAAACUACAGACCACAAAAGCUCUACAGAUAAUCAUGAGGCUCCUCCCUCUUCUGAAGAAAACUCCAGCAAUCAAGGGACAGACCCAAUGAACCGGAACCAGCACUCUGUUGAUCCUGCUUACUCCACUACCACACAUAAAGAAUCCUCUGAAAAAAAACAUACAACGCCAGCACCCAAGAGCAAAACAAAUUGUCAUAAGUCCACAACAGGCAAAUCAAUGGUAACAAGAAAACCAGAUAAAAUUGGAAGACCUUUGGAAAAGUCCAUGAGUCCUUUGGAUAAUAAACACACAACUUCCUUCCACAACUCAGGCAAUUCACAGACCAAGCCAAAAAAAAUAUGUUUUUCAGAAAAAACCACAGCAGCCUCAAAAACAACAUACAAGACUACAGGAACCCCAGAAGAGUCAGAAAAAACUGAAGAUUACAGAACAACAGUUGCCUCAGACAGGCUCCUGACAAAAACUACAAAAAAUAUACACGAGAUCAUAUCAGCCAGUGAGACACAAUCUCUAGCAAAGCCUACAGAACAUGGAGAAAGGACAGCCAACGAGAAGACCACACCAUCCCCAGCAGAGCCUACAGAAAAUGGACAAAGGACCCCAUUUGCCAAUGAGAAGACCACAUCAUCCUCAGCAAAGCCUACAGAACAUGGAGAAAGGACCCCACUGGCCAAUGAGAACACCGCAACAUCCCCAGCAGGGCCUACAGAAAAUAGAGAAAGGACAGCCAAUGAGAAGACCACACCAUUCCCAGAAGAGCCUACAGAAAAUAGAGGAAGGACAGCCAAUGAGAACACCACACCAUCCCCAGUAGAGCCUACAGAAUAUGGAGAAAGGACACCAUCAGCCAAUGAGAAGACCAUACCAUCUCCAGCAGAGCCUACAGAACAUGAAGAAAUGACCCCAUCGGCCAAUGAGAACACCACACCAUCCCCAGUAGAGCCUACAGAAUAUGGAGAAAAGACUACAUUGGCCAACGAGAAGAUCACAGUAUCCCCGGAAGGGCCUACAGAACAUGGAGCAAAAACUACAUUGGCCAAUGAGAAGGUCACACCAUCUGUAACAGAACCUACAGAACAUGGAGAAAGGACCACAUCACCCAAUGACAAGAUCACCCCAUCUGCAGCAGAGUCUACAGAACAUAGAGAACGGACUAUAUCAGCCAAUGUGAUCACACCAGCCCCAGCAGAGCCUAUAGAACAUGGAGAAAGGACCACAUUGGCCCAUGAGAAGAUGACACAAGUCACACAAAAGUCUACAGAACACCCAAAAAAGACCAUGUCAACCACAGAGAAAACCACAAGGGCCUCAGAAAAGCCUACACUACACUCAGAAAAGACCAGAUCCACCAAAGAGAAAAACACACCAGUCCCAGAAAAGCCUACAGAAAACCCGAGGAACACCACACUGACCACUGAGACCAUAAAAGCCCCAGUAAAGUCCACAGAAAACCCAGAAAAAACAGCAGCAGUCACAAAGACUAUAAAACCUCCAGUCAAGGUCACAGGAGACAAAUCUCUCACUACUACUUCUUCUCAUCUAAAUAAAACUGAGGUUACUCAUCAGGUGCCCACUGGUUCUUUCACCCUCACUACACGUAGAAUGAAGUUGAGUUCUAUCACAUCAGAAGCCCCAGGCAAUGUGAGCCAUCCACACCUCAAUAAAAAUGACUCACACAACGAUAUCCAUGCUGGACAGAUGGGGGAGAAUGAUUCAUUCCCUGCAUGGGCCAUAGUUAUUGUGGUCCUGCUGGCUGUGAUUCUCCUCCUGGUGUUCCUUGGCCUGGUCUUCUUGGUCUCCUACAUGAUGUGGACACGCCACACACUAACCCAGAACACCCAGGACAAUGACCCAGAGGAUGAGGGUGGCCCCAAUUCCUACCCAGUCUACCUGAUGGAGCAGCAGAAUCUUGGCAUGGGCCAGAUCCCUUCCCCACGGUGAUCUUGGAGUAGGAGC